AGUAUUGGCAUCACACAUCUUGAGCAUUCAAUCCAAGUGGUUGAGGAGAGAGGGAGAUAAUUGACAUGAUAAAUUCUACACUGAAGUACAACAGAAUUUCAUUGCAGAUUGACAGGACAAAAUUUCCCAAUUUACAGGACAAAUUCGGCAUUAACGCACCCGAAACAAUCUUUUGAUUGAAAAUGUUGGUGAUUGAGAGUAAAGAAGGUGCAAUAGCAUGUAUGAUAUUGUCUUUGCUUUUCCUGGGCACUUGGCCUGCCCUUCUUAUGCUCUUAGAAAGGCGGGGCCGAAUGCCUCAACACACUUACCUCGAUUACACCAUCACAAACCUAUUGGCUGCUGUAAUCAUUGCCUUCACAUUCGGAGAGAUUGGCAAAAACUCGAACGAGAAGCCAAAUUUCAUCAAUCAGCUGUCUCAGGAUAAUUGGCCGAGUGUGAUUUUAGCGAUGGUUGGAGGUAUUGUUCUAAGCCUUGGGAAUUUAUCGACUCAGUAUGCUUUGGCUUUUGUUGGCUUGUCAUUGACAGAGGUCAUCACAUGUAGCAUAACUGCCGUGAUAGGGACAAUUAUGAAUUAUUUCUUGGACGACAAAAUCAACAAGGCCGAGAUUCUUUUCCCUGGUGUCGCAUGCUUUUUGGUUGCUGUUUGUUUAGGCUCUGCUCUUCAUUCAUCCAAUGCUGCAGAUAAUAAAGCUAAGCUCACCGGAAAAGAUGAGACGAUACGACCUGCUUUUUGUUUGUCACUAACGGAGGUGGAGAAAAGGGUUGCCAUAAAGGACAAGGCGAAAUUCGGAACAGCAGAUUUUCUCGUCGAGCUUGAGAAUAAAAGGGCAAUUAAGGUUUUUGGGAAGAGCACUUUUAUUGGGUUGGUGAUAACAUUUUUUGCCGGGAUUUGCUUUUCUCUAUUCUCUCCAGCCUUCAAUUUGGCCACCAAUGACCAAUGGAAUACCUUAAAAGACGGUGUCCCGCAUUUGAGCGUGUAUGCUGCAUUUUUCUAUUUUUCGGUUUCGUGCUUUGUGAUUGCCAUAAUUCUCAACAUCAGCUUUCUUUACCGUCCCAUUUUGGACCUGCCCAAGUCCUCCAUUACCGCCUUUAUAUCAGACUGGAAUGGUCGAAGCUGGGCCCUUUUAGCUGGGCUUCUCUGUGGUUUUGGUAAUGGGCUUCAGUUCAUGGGUGGCCAGGCUGCUGGAUAUGCUGCAGCAGAUGCUGUUCAGGCACUGCCACUUGUGAGUACGUUUUGGGGUAUACUAUUAUUUGGCGAGUACAGAAGGUCAUCUAGAAGAACCUAUAUACUUCUCGUGAGUAUGAUGUUGAUGUUUAUAGCUGCUGUUGGCAUUCUCAUGGCCUCAUCAGGCCACCGUAAAUGAUUUUUCAUUUUCUUAGAGAAAGCUCGAAAGAGACUAGCUGCUUUUGAGCUGAUUUGCUUACUUAGGUUCUGCCAUUUUUUGUUACUACAACAAGAAAAUGUUAUCUGAAACUAUGUCUGAUCCAAAGCCAUGUUGCUGCGGCAAUAUUUUAAUAUAAGUGUUCGCUAAUUAUUU